CCCCUAGCUCCCAAAAUCCUCGCCUCAAUUUAGGCCUAGACUAGGUAUCAAAGCUUCUUUCAUCUUGCUGCUUCCCCGGGCUUCCUGAAAGUCAAAUCAUUUCAUACCGAAGCCUCUUCUCACAUCACUACCAUUAAUGUCUCCACGGUCAUUUAUCCAAGCCCGUUUCAUUGCACGGCGCCACCUAUCCUCCCUACAGGGGAGACGAUCCUUGUCUAGAGUUGCGCACCGUCCUACAGCCAUGUCGAACUUUGAUUUUGCGGAGACGGAGCGGCUGUUCCUCGAGAGCCACCACGCUCUGAGUAGACUGAGUCAGCAUCUCACGAGAAACUACUGGACCAGUCUCCCUGGAAUGCCGGAGUUACGAUCGAGGUUUGUCUGGAGCCGUGGUAUCAUGUUUGGCUGCAUGGCUGCUUCCGGGGUUGUCUUUGGUGCAUGGUCUUGGAGUCGAAACCUAUUCUCCGUACCCGGUGUGUCCCCACAAAACCAGACAUCUCAAAAGCGAAUGGGGAUGAUGAACUGGCUGAUGACCAAUUUCACGAGCAAGACCGAGGACAUCAGGAAAAAUCGGUGGUGGACCAUGCUGACUGCGGCCUUUAGCCACAUUGAGCCUUACCACCUCAUGGGAAACUUGUUCGCGUUCAACACCUUCACUCACUACCUGAUUCACACGGGCAUUACCCCGGUGCACUACGCCGGAGCAAUCGUGGGCACGGCGAUAAUAGGGAAUUUAGCGUGGUUGUUCCACCAGGCGCGGAAAGAAAAGGUUAGUGGCCAACCAGCCAGAGCCCUCGGCCUUUCUGGAGUUGUCAUGGGGCUGGGUGCAGCUGCAUCCUUUGCGGCGCCACGGGCCCAGGUGGCUCUCUUUGGGAUUGUUCCAAUGCCUAUCUGGGCAUUCAUGGCGGCUUACAUUGCUUUCGACACGUACAUGGUGGACAGUCCGACGUCUAGAAUUGGCCAUGCCGCUCACCUCGGUGGCGCUGCUGCCGGAGCGGUCUAUUAUGGAUUGGUACUUCGGGGAAGGUUACCCUUGCAAGGGAUCGGAAGGACAAGAUGAUGAUGGUUUCGAAUGAUGAUGAGCUGAUAUGACGGAUGAAGCGACUUGGCCGGCUGAGGGUACGCAACAGGUACUUCGAAUCAACCCUCUGGCAGAUAUGAGAUGGUUCUGUUGCAUUUCGGGAGAGUGCAUUGCACUUUUACGACAUGUAGGAGCUAUCAUGGCGGAAGGUUCUCAGUGCGAAGCCUGAGUAGGGCAUUUCCAGCACAUGGGAACGAUUUCGGGUUGUGUCAUAGAGGUUCCAGUGCAUAGCUGUUUGCUCCUCGGGUUCUUGGAGUUCUGCUAGAUAUAAGUUAACGUCAGGAGCUGACUGUACCCGCAUUGGUUGUGCUCAAAAUGUAAAACCGCUCAUACCUCUCCA